CAAGCAACCGCUCAGACCGUCGACGACUGUCUGUCGAGGAGCACUUCUUUCUUUUGCCGUCGUCGGUGACCAGCGAGGUGCCCAGGAGUCAAGGCUGUUGACGAAAUUCGAGCUAUGUGCUUUACUCGGAGCUGCCGCUUGAAUUAGAGCUAAUAGAACGUUAGUUGUAAAGCUAUCCUGCGUCGAGGAGCAGGUCGGAUCCGGCGUGGUCCGCUUCACAAUGGCUCUCGUGAUCGAUCGGAUGUUUGACGAGUUCCAGCAGUAUAUGAAAGACCAUAGAGAUCCGCGAAGUCUAAAUUUUCCACUAGUUAAUACGACAUGGCCAGUACUGACGAUAAUUGGCACGUACCUCUAUGUAGUUCUCCGAUGGGGUCCGAAAUAUAUGGAACAACGGAAGGCAUAUGAUCUGAAAACAGUGAUUAGGACGUACAACAUAGUUCAAGUCGUAGCGAACGGCGGUUACUUUCUGACUGUUAUAUCCCUUAUGCUACGAUGGAAAAAUUUCUCCUUUAAAUGCCAACCAGUUAACUACAGUGAAACAAAACAAGGAUUUGAGGAGUUAUACCUAUCAUACGGAUAUUUUCUAUUGAAAGUGCUGGAUUUGGCAGAUACGGUAUUUUUUGUCUUUCGUAAGAAGCAAUCACAUGUUUCGUUUCUACACGUAUAUCAUCAUGCCAUAAUGGUGUCACUAAGUUAUUUGGCGGUAGUAUUUGUUCCAGGUGGUCAUGUCAUCAUGCUCGGCGUCUGGAACUCGCUGGUCCAUGCUGUGAUGUACUUCUACUACUACUUGGCCUCGUACGGAAGCCAGAGUUCGUGGAAGAAAUACCUUACCCGAUUGCAACUGGUGCAGUUUGUCCACAUGGGUUUCCAUUUCGGACGGCCGGCCUUGCUAGGGCUAGAUUGUGGGUUUCCGAAGGUUUGGCACUGGGUCGGCUUCCUGCAGGCAGUUUUCAUUCUGGGAAUGUUUCUGGACUUUUACGUUAAGGCUUAUGUGUCGAAAAGUCGAGAAAGUAUCAAGAAGAUAUCGUAGGAUUGAGGCGUUUUAGCAUCGCUUGUGAUACAAUACGGGAAUGUUUAAGAUAUAGCAAUAGCUCACUACAAUAUUAAAUCAAGAUUUUUACAUGACUGAAAAUAAUCAUUAUAGUUGCUUUUAUAUAAACUUAUACCACGAUAGCAUGUAUUAAAAAUCAUUUACUGGACUCUUCUUUCAAAAUCAGUUUUUCCAUGUUAAAUAAAAUCAAAUCUUCAUCGUUA